CCUGGAGAAUAAAACAGGAGGAACAAGGAGAGUUUAUUGAAGAAAGUGAGGAUAAUGAAGAAUUAAAUGAAGUUCAGGAGAAAAAUGAUGUCAAAACUGGAGAGAAACAUUUGAGUUGCCCUCAAACCAAACAGAAAGAUUUAAAGAAAAGAGGAGCCAAGAAAUCUUUUACCUGCACUCAGUGUGGAAAGAGUUUGACGAGCAAAUAUAAUCUUGAUGUUCACUUGAGAGUUCAUACUGGAGAGAGACCAUUCACUUGUGAUCAGUGCGGGAAGUGUUUCACACAAUCGUUAAGCCUUAAGGUACACAUGAAAAUCCACACUGGAGAGAAACAGUACAAGUGUUCACACUGUGACAAGAGAUUCAGUCGAUCAGGAGACCUGAAGAAACACAAGUUAGUCCACACUGGAGAGAAACCACACACAUGUGAUCAGUGCGGGAAGAGUUUCACACAAAAAGGAAGCCUCACGGCGCACAUGAGAGUUCAUACAGGAGAGAAACUGUUCAUAUGUAAUCAAUGUGGAAAGAGUUUUGCACACUUGACACACCUUAAGGAUCACAUGAACAGCCACACUGGAGAGAAACCUUAUAAGUGUUCACACUGUGACAAGAGAUUCACUCGGUCAGGACACCUGAAGAAACACAAGGUAGUCCACACUGGAGAGAAACCGCACACAUGUGAUCAGUGCGGGAAGAGUUUCUCACAAAAAGGAAACCUUAUGACACAUAUGAGAGUUCAUACAGGAGAGAAACGGUUCAUAUGUAAUCAAUGUGGAAAGAGUUUUGCACACUUCGCAAACCUUAAGGUACACAUGAACAUCCACACUGGAGAGAAACCUUACAAGUGUUCACACUGUGACAAGAGAUUCACUCGGUCAGGACACCUGAAGAAACACAAGGUAGUCCACACUGGAGAGAAACCGCACACAUGUGAUCAGUGCGGGAAGAGUUUCUCACAAAAAGGAAACCUUAUGACACAUAUGAGAGUUCAUACAGGAGAGAAACGGUUCAUAUGUAAUCAAUGUGGAAAGAGUUUUGCACACUUCGCAAACCUUAAGGUACACAUGAACAUCCACACUGGAGAGAAACCUUACAAGUGUUCACACUGUGACAAGAGAUUCAUUCAGUCAGGAUACCUGAAAACACAUGAGAGGAUCCACACUGGAGAGAAACCGUACACAUGUGAUCAGUGUGGGAAGAGUUUUGCACGAAAAGGAAGCCUUAUGACACAUAUGAGAGUUCAUACAGGAGAGAAACUGUACACAUGUAAUCUUUGUGGAAAGAGUUUGAAAUGCAAAUAUAGGCUUGAUGGUCACAUGAGAGUUCAUACUGGUGAGAAACCAUACACUUGUCAUCAGUGCGGGAAGUGUUUCACACAAUCAGUACAUGUUAAAGAACACAUGAGCAUCCACACUGGAGAGAAACCGUACACAUGUGAUCAGUGUGGGAAGAGUUUUGCACGAAAAGGAAGCCUUAUGACACAUAUGAGAGUUCAUACAGGAGAGAAACUGUACACAUGUAAUCUUUGUGGAAAGAGUUUGAAAUGCAAAUAUAGUCUUGAUGGUCACAUGAGAGUUCAUACUGGUGAGAAACCAUACACUUGUCAUCAGUGCGGGAAGUGUUUCACACAAUCAGUACAUGUUAAAGAACACAUGAGCAUCCACACUGGAGAGAAACCUUAUAAGUGUUCACACUGCAACAAGAGAUUCGAUAGGUCAGGAGACCUGAAAAAACACGAGAGGAUCCACAUUGGAGUGAAACCUUAUAAGUGUUCACACUGCAACAAGAGAUUCAGUCAUUCAUCAAGUCUGAAAACACAUGAGAGGAUCCACACUGGAGUGAAACCUUAUAAGUGUUCACACUGCAACAAGAGAUUCAGUCAUUCAUCAAGUCUGAAAACACAUGAGAGGAUCCACACUGGAGAGAAGCCGUAUCACUGCACUGCAUGUGGGAAGUGUUUCAAUCGUUCAUCUGCUCUACACAGUCAUACAAAACACAAUCACAGUAACUAGAUCAUCUUCAGAUCCAGCACUUUCAGAUCUGAUGCUGCCUUCUCAAACUUGAAACAAUAAUGCAUUAAGCAAUAGAAUAUCAUCUGGAUUAAUCUGUUCUAACCAGUCAUUACAAGUGAUAUGACAAAGAAACAUUAUCUAAAGUUUUCACAGUAAAUAAAGUUUAUCUUCAUCUUCAAAA